CAGUGGAGCAACGCUCAGAUCUCGGACCAUUACAGCACCUGCAUCAAGCUCUCCGCCGAGAACAAAAUCACCACGAAGAAUGCCUUUGGCUUACACCUGAUAGACUAUAUGACCGAGAUCCUGAAAGAGAAGGAAUCUGAACUCACUAACUUCAAGAUAGCAGCUGGCACGCUUGAUGCCAGCGCGAAGAUCUAUGCCGUGCGUGUGGAUGCGGUCCAUGCAGAUGCCUACAAAGUUCUUGGAGGCUUGGGCAAGGACUCGUCACCUAAGAAAAACGUGGAUGGCCCAGAAGGAGAAGACAGUCCAGCUCCUGAGGCUGUCAAGAGAGUUCAGACAAAGAAAAAGUACUCAUUCAAAACCAUCGAGCAGAACUUGAAUAACAUCAAUGUGUCGGAGGCUAAUCGCAGAUGUGAGAUGGAUCCCAUGUUCCAGAAAACAGCCGCAUUUUUUGAUGAAUGCAGCACAGCUGGCAUUUUCCUCACCGGGCUGCGUACCCAAAGCUGCCACAGCGAGCUCCUCUUUGACUCGAAGAUCGUGCCUCUCCCUUCUUCAGAGACCCUCACGCUGCCAAACUCUGAUCCUGUGAAAGUGAUGAAUUUAAAGCUCCUACUAGAGCAGUGCAUUGAAAAACGCCCCAUCUGCUCUUCGCUGGCUGGUUUCCAGUUUACAAAGUGGGAUGCUGAAUCCCACGAUGAGUCAGUGUCAGCCCUGUUGGAUAAAUUUAGGAAGAGCGACCAUGUGUUCGAUAUCAAUGCGGAGAUGGAGAGCGAUGUGGAAGACUGUGUUCCCACCCUGCCAGAUGACGACUUCAAUUCUGACUCCCCCAGGAGUACAGCAGCAGGCAAGAUUGGGGAAUUCACAGAAAACCUCAACUCCUUUGGAAUAGUCCACCAGAGCAAGAGAACUGAUGCGGUUCCUUUUGGAGGGGGAGACAUCAGCACCAUGUGCCUUCAUCUCUCCGUGAAACCAGGGGAAUAUUCCUACUUCAGUCCCCGAACUCUGUCCAUGUGGGCCGGCCCAGAGCACUGGCGUUUCAAACCUCGACACAAACCAGAUGCCGACUCUGAAAAAGAGACCAAGAAAAGGAGCGUAAAGAAAGCAUUUGAAAUGAACUUUGAUGAGGAUAUUGACUUUGAGGCAUAUUUCCGUAAGACCAAAGCAUCUGUAACUCUAGCCAAAUCCAUUCUUGAAAGCGAGAAUGUGAAGAGCACCACGCUUCCCGCAGACUUCAACUAUGACCCCAACAACAUUCUCCAGCUGUUCCUCAAACCAGGUCUUAAGCUCUGCAAGAUGUCUGAGCCCGGCAGCUCAUUGAAUCAUGAAGAUGAGAUCGGCGAGUACGAUUACAACAACCCCAAUGACACCGCCAAUUUCUGUCCUGCGUUGCAGGCUGCAGACAGCGAUGAUGAUGAUGACCCCAUUCAAUUUGUGGGCCAGACGGAGGAGUUCAACCUUACUGCCCACCCUGAGGGUCAAGAGCUCAGGGUUAUCGGCGAUGUUGAUAUCACAACGUAUGGAGAGCUGAACCUCAUUGCAGAGCCCCAGAAGGUCAAUAAGAUAGCGAUGCAGUACGCAAAGACAGCCAAGAAAAUGGACAUGAAGGGGUUGAAGAUAAGCAUGUGGGACCUCUUGACUCAUGGACACAAGAAAGAAACAGUGGCAGAGAUGGAAGAUGCAGAGAAAGAGGAGGACGUAUCAGUGGUAGAAGGAGAGAAGGUCUUCAGCAGCAUCACAAAGGAACUGCUUCACAGGCUGCCUUCUGCCAUGGCUAAGAAUUUGUCUGUCCCUUUAGCCUUCGUCUGCCUCUUGCAUUUGGCAAAUGAGAAGAAUCUGAAGCUGGAGGGCACAGAGGACCUGUCUGAUGUCCUAGUGAAACAAGGCAACUGA